UAGCAAAGAAGAAAAGGAGAUACAUUUCAGUCUGUCGCACUCACUGACAUACAUGACAAAUAAGUGGCACCUAAAGAUAAUCCUUUACGAAUUAAGAUCAUCUGAGGCAAUAAGGUGGCUGUGGGGCGGUGACGCAGAUUCAGACCUGCGGGCCCUGAUUGGUGGAGGACUCCUCCUGGAGCUCAGCCCCGACUCCACAAGCGAGUCUCCGCUGCUCAUUGGUGGAAAAUGAUUUCAAACUGUCCGCCAAAACUCGGAGUGGCGCCCUGUGUGCUCGUGCCUGAAGGCUCUUCUCUGGUUGGUCCGCAUGUCAGGAACCGUCCCGCCCGCUCCGCGGUCAUAUAAAGGAGGGUUUGGCUCGAUGAGCGGCACUUCCUUCCCUGAAAUCAUCAACAAUGAGCGGCAGAGGCAAAACCGGUGGCAAAGCCAGAGCGAAGGCAAAGACCCGCUCCUCUCGUGCCGGACUCCAGUUCCCAGUCGGUCGUGUCCACAGACAUCUGCGCAAAGGUAACUAUGCGCAGCGUGUCGGUGCAGGAGCCCCCGUCUACCUGGCGGCUGUGCUGGAGUACCUGACCGCUGAGAUCCUGGAGCUGGCUGGAAACGCUGCCCGCGACAACAAGAAGACUCGCAUCAUCCCGCGUCACCUGCAGCUGGCUGUCCGCAACGACGAGGAGCUCAACAAGCUGCUGGGCGGAGUGACCAUCGCUCAGGGCGGCGUGCUGCCCAACAUCCAGGCUGUGCUUCUGCCCAAGAAGACCGAGAAGCCCGCUAAGUCCAAGUAAAGCUGGAGACAACUAUCCACACCACAAAGGCUCUUUUAAGAGCCAACCACACUUCUGAAAAGAGCUAAGAUCCUCAAACCGUUUAAUAGCUCCUUAUAAAAGUCAUAAUGGUACCCAUUAAACCACAUGCACAGGAGUGGAGGUGAUUUGAAAAGCCUUUGAGAUUUUUUUUAGACGACAUAUUUUGUAAUUUACAUAUCUGGCUUUAAGACCAUACUGCUAUAUGAAUCAGACAUGGCAGUCGAUCACCAAUAUGUUACAGAUGCCUCAUGCCCAACAAAAGAAGUAAGUAACCUGAUAUAUUAAAGCUGAUUAAAUACAUGACAUAUUUUCUAUUUAAGGGUUGAUUCAUGUUUUUCGCUACAACAGCGGAACU